UCAACUAUAUGUAACAUUGUAUGGGAAACAUGUCAUAUUUUAUGGGCCGUUCUAUCUCCAACAUAUUUAAAGCCACCUUCAGAAGAGGGCUGGCUAAAAGUGACACAAGACUUUUACAACUUAUGGCAAAUGCCCAAUACACUCGGCGCAAUGGAUGGGAAACAUAUUAGAAUCCGAGCCCCGUCUAAUUCAGGAUCAAGAUUUUAUAAUUAUAAAAAAUACUUCAGCACAAUUUUAUUUGCUGUAUGUGACGCCAAGUAUAAUUUUAUCUAUGUGGAUAUUGGUUCUUAUGGAGCUCAGAGUGAUGGUGGUGUAUUUAGAAAAUCCAGUUUGGGGCAAAAAUUAUUAUCAGGGCAAUUAAACUUACCAAUAGGUUGUCCUUUACCAAACGAUCCCAACAAUUGUACUGUUCCAACAUUUUUUAUUGGUGAUGAGGCCUUUCCUUUGCUGACCAAUCUAUUAAGACCUUACAGCAAACGGGAGAAACGUAUGCCUGAAGAUCAACUUAUUUUUAAUUAUCGGUUGUCAAGAGGAAGACGGGUCAUUGAAAAUACCUUUGGCAUUAUGGUUGCCAGAUUUCGAAUAUUUCUUCGCGAAAUACAUGCUGAACCAGAAACAGUUGAUGCAAUUGUUAAAGCAGUUGUAUGCCUGCAUAAUUUUAUUAAAAGUGAGAAAAUUGACAUGUAUUAUAACAGUUCAGUUGUAGACAGGGACACAAAUGGUACUAUUCAACCUGGCAGUUGGCGAGAUAUGGUCAGUGAAAAUACAGCAUUUCAAUCUGGUACUGUACGUUUUGGGAACCGGAAUGCUGCUAAGGCUGCCUGGAAGCUUCGUGACUACAUUAAAGAAUAUGUAAAUGGCGUUGGGGGUGAUUUAUGUCCAUGGCAGUGGGAUUGUAUAAAAAGAACUGAAUAAUGUAGUACAUAGAAAAUAAAAUUUAUUUUGAAAUUCACAUUUAAAUAGGAUUUUAGGAAUAUAAAAAUAACUUGUGAAUUUA